GGGGAGUCCCAUUGGCAUUCUUUAACAUCUCCGUGGCUCACUCGUGUUCAGAGAACCAUCUGUAGAUCAGGAAGACAAAAAGACGCUCCUGAGCCUUGGCGUCACUCAACAGGAUUGCCGCAGGUCAGGUGUCAGUGGUGACAUGGACUUCUUGUCAGCAUGGAUUGUGUCUCCUUCAGCACUACCCUUUCUCUGUCUCAUCUGGGGCACGCAGGCCCAGCAGGCCUUCAGGACUGAGCCCAGGAACCUCACUGUGCGGAUGGGAGCCACAGCUGUGUUGAGGUGUGAGGUGCUGCGGGCCUCAGGGACUGUGCAGUGGGUGAAAGAUGGCCUCCUCCUGGGACCUCAGAGAAGCCUGCCAGGCUUUCCACGCUACAGCAUGAUUGGAAACCCCAAGAGAGGACAGUAUCAUCUUCAGAUUGAAAAGGCCCAACUGGAAGAUGACGCCACCUAUGAAUGUCAAGCGGGCCAGUCAGAGAGCAGUCACGCACUCGUUUCCAACACAGCCUGGGUCAACGUGUUAAUUCCUCCGUCCAGUCCAUACUUUGAGGGGGAUAUGGCAACACCUUGGGUUGCAGGGAAGACAUACACCGUCACUUGCGUUGCCCCUGAGGCAAAGCCUAUGGCUGAAAUCACACUUUAUAAAGAUGGAGUCAAGCUGACAGGUGCAGAGUCUUUCAUCAUGUCUGGCUCAAAGGAUAAGCUCCUGAACACGCAUGCUGAAGUAACAGUCACCGCUCUGAGCUCUGACAACGGGAGGCAGCUGGUGUGUCAUGCCAAGAACUCCGCCCUUUUCCGGCCUCUGGAGACCACAUUGACCAUGAGUGUGCGCUUCCCACCACCUCAGCCUCCAGUUAUUGUGGGUCUGGAGAGAGAGGAAGUCAAAGCAGGGACAAUGCUCGGGUUGGAGUGUUUGUCUCAUGGUGGAAACCCCCUAGCCACUCUCCACUGGACCAAGAAUGGAGAAGUUGUGUCUACGACUUGGGAAGAGGACGUCGUUGUGCAGAAGUCCAGCAGCAUCCUCAACCUGAUGAUCACCCCUGCUGACAACCAGGCAGAGCUGUGCUGUGAGAGUGUCAAUCUGGUGUCCCCAUCUCCUCUCUCCGUCAGCCGCAAAAUCACUGUGCUCUUUGAGCCUGCAGAGGUGAUGCUGUUGGGUUCAUCCACGGCCAUUGCAGGACAGGAGUUGAAUCUGAGCUGCUUUGCCUCCUCCAGUAAUCCCCCUGUUCAGAUUCGCUGGUGGCUGGGCUACAAGGAGCUCAAUACCACGGUUGUCACUAUGGAAGAGGGAGACAAUGGUGGGAUGACAACCAUGUCCAACAUGACCCACCAGGUCUCAAGGGAGGAGGAUGGAUUGGAGCUCACCUGUGAGGCGUUCAACAAGGGCACACACUUCUCCAAGACCCAGAUGAUCAAACUCAGUGUUUAUUACCCCCCUCAAAAGGUAUGGCUUGAGGCUCCUCCUCAGGAUGUCCCCCUUCAUGCGGGCACCAAAGUCCGUCUCGUCUGCUUCUCCACUGGCGGGAAUCCCACUGGGACUCUUACCUGGUACAAGAAUGGAAAGCCAGUGACAGAUGCGCUGAAGCAGACGUCCUUUGAUCGAGGUGUGGCUCGAGAACUGGUCCUGGUCCUGACGGCAAGUGACAACAUGGCUACCUAUCGCUGUGAUGCCACAAAUGAGGCAAAGAAGAGCAUCUCUGCCCACACUGAGCUUAUGGUUUACUUUACAGCAAUAAAUAUGGCGAUCACAGCCAAACAGGAAGAGCUCCAUCGGGGUCAGAUGCUUACACUGGAGUGUCAGGCUGGAAGCAGUAACCCCAAGGCCAACAUCUCCUGGAGCCUGGGUCCCCUCAGGUUCCAGGGAGCGGAGCAGCAACCCGAGAAGGCUCAGUAUGGUGGUGUUUCAGUGCGCAGUUCUUUAUCCCUGAUACUGAGCUCACAGCAUCACAACCAGAAGGUCAUUUGCCAGGCCUACAGCCCUGUGCUCGCUGAGGGGACCAACACAUUCUUCAAACUCAAUGUGCUUUACCCACCAGAGUUCAGCCCUCACCAGCCAACGCAGGUCCAGGUGGUGGAGGAUGACAUGGCAACCAUCCCACUGCUGGUCUCAGCUAACCCAGAGGAGGUCUCCUGCAUUUGGCUGCACCGCAAGGAGGAGCUGGUCAAAGAGGGGUACCCGCACUACCACUGGUCGGAUGAGUACACGCUGGAGAUCAAGAAUGUGACGAGGAAAGAUGCCGGAGUUUACUCUGUCACGUGUUCAAAUUCUGAGGGUGUCAGCCAAAUCUCCAUCAUGCUGGAUGUUCAGUAUGCUCCCGCUGUCAAGGCAGAGAAAGACCCUGUGUUUGUGAACAUGGGGGGAACAGCAGACCUGAUAUGUGUGGCAGAUGCCAACCCAAUUGUAGCUGACAUGUUCUCUUGGAAAUGGCUGGGAGAAGGGGAGGUGGAGAUGGGAGAGGAGACGCAGGAAGACGAAUCAGGCCUUCUGACUAUCCAUGAUGUGACUCGGGCUCAUGCUGGUCUUUACCAGUGCACAGCCAAUAAUGGCAUAGCACCCCCUGCCAGCGUAGAUGUGCAGCUGGUAGUGCAAUUCAAACCAGAGCUUCAGAAAGGAGCCCAAUGGAGGAAGGUAGCAAGUAGAGGGGACGGCACCACUACAGCUGAGGUCGUGUGUCAGGCAGAGGGUAUUCCUCGUGUCGACUUCUCCUGGGAAAAAAACAGUGUAGGCAUGGACUUUGCAAACCCAAGGUAUGAGGAGCAGACCAUGAGGGAGGGCUCCUUCCACACCAGCAUAGUUCGAGUAGUAAAUGUGAGCGCAUCUCAGGACUAUGCUGUCUUCAGCUGCACUGCUCGCAACUCACUUGGGGAAGACAAGCUCGACAUCCAGCUCGUCAGCACAAGUCAACCAGAUCCUCCCUCCUCGUUUUGUCAAGUCAGUGUUACCCAUGACUCAGUUACUCUGGAGUGGAUCCCUGGCUUCAGUGGAGGUUUGCGGCAAAGAUUUCGUAUAAGAUACCGCUGGGAUCAGUCAGUCAGUUACCUGUACAUGGACGUCUUUCCUCCCAGAGCAACAAUGUUCACUGUCACUGGCCUGCAGCCUGUAACCACCUACAACUUCUCUCUCAAUGCCCUCAAUGCAAUGGGAGAGAGUGACUAUGCUGACAACAAUGCAGUACUGACCAUCACCACCAAGGAGACGCCUGAACUAGAAGAAAUCCCAACAGAUGACGACUUAGUCUCACAGAGUAAAAGAGGACUUCCAGCAUAUUUGACUAUAGUGCUCACAGUGGUGUUUGGAUUCCUCCUGCUGUUGAAUUCACUGGGUUGCUUCUUUGGACAGAGGUGGAAAAAGAGGCAAGGCCAGACAGGGGGUAGGGGAGGCACUGUGUUGGAUGGAAAGGAGAAUGAAGACAAGGGGUCCAGUCAGUCAACUGUGAGCAACUCCAACAAGUAUGAGAGCAGAGAAAAGAUCAACACUGCAGCCCAGCGCACCCUCCUCAUCGAGUCUGGAUCUGAAACGGACAGUAAUGUCUACGAGAGCUAUGCAGCGGAAAGUUCCCAUUAUUAUUACCCCACCGGUGGAUACAUGCCGCCUCUCAGUCCACACGCGGAGGAAAUACUCAGGCCUGGUAUCACCCACCUCCCUGUUGACUCUCACUGCCACUUGUAUGAAGAUGUAAGAGACCGGGGUCUGUACCAGAACAUCCAGGCUUCAUCUCUUCCUUCCCCUCCGUCCUUGUUUGACCACAGAUUACUUCAUCAAAGGAGCAGCUCCAGACCACCAACCUUCCUUCAGGGUACUGAGAGAGUGAGGGACUUCGUGGAUGUUCGGCAACAGCAGAGAGAUUCUGACCUUCCCUUUGAACUGCGAGGCGAGUUAGUCUAGAAUGAGAAGGUCAGACCAAACAAACGCUAAGACAGGGCUUGUGACUCAAUGCAAAAAAGUUAUUUAUUUUAUUCCUUUUGAAUGGUAUCUCUCAAGCCAUUUUGAAUGAACCUGUCCUGUUCAGGAGUAGAAUAGAGCUAGAAUUGCGUUUUGAAAUUUCAGUGUGUAUAUUGUGAACGUUUUCCUCAAAGGAUUGAGUUCACCAAUGGUAAAGUACGGCAAACUGAACAAGCUGAACAGAAGCAAAGUAGGAUGGCAGAAUAAUAUGAUAAAAAAAAUGAUUUGAAAGACUCAAUAACCUCAAUAACCUCAGGCAAUCCAGCUUAUUUUCUUCUCCCGCUGCGAUCUUACUCCAUCCUCCUCCUCCUCCCUGGACCUCGCUUUGUCCUUUCACCUUUAACCUCUUUCUCGGAGCCAAGUCCUGGUCAUUACCCACAGCCCCGUCCCUGCUUUGGCCUGCAGUUAGACAUGAAUCAGUUAGCCAGAGACAAAAAAAUGGACCGACAUCGCUGUGGCUGGCACUGGGGCAGAAGCAGCAAAGAUUCAUGGCACAAUCCUUUUUGACCCGUCCGACGUCAGCAUUUUCCUACAUGCACCCAGAUGAGAACCUGACAACAGUUGCCUGUCCCUCCCCUGUGUGAUAUAGAGAGUUUCAGACCUCACAGUUAGUCCGUGGGAAUCCUUACAAUAGGAUUGUACUGAGUGGUAUUUAGCAUGGUUAUGUCUUCAGGAGGUAAAGCCAUAUCUAGGGCCAGACUCUAAUCCUGUUUUCUCUCGAAUUGAAGUUCAGCUCACAACAUCAGUGAGAGGGGGGGAAGCCGUACAGAGAAUUUGUCUCACUGACUGUGGGCAGUCAAAGGGAGAUAGAGACAGGAUGAGAGGGUUAGGCUAAGCUGCAGCUAUGGUUACUGCCACAGAAAAAAAUCUCCUCUCCUUUUCUUUGGUCUUCAUUAUUGUUCAAAUUGUAGUUCAAGGAAAACAGUUCACUGUACGCUUUUACUGCACAGCCUAUACAAUGAUAGCAGUCAUCAUCUUUAUUUGUAGAGCACUUUUCACAACCAACGAUGAUUUACACAAGGCAACAAAUUUAAACUGACAAAUAAUAAAACCAAAGGUAAAAUCUUACAGAAUAGAAAGCAAAUUAUAUAAUACCAAUUCCAUUAAGAUGACAUAAAUAAAAACACAAUUUAAGUAAAGUAAAUGAGACUAAGCAUUUACAGGGGCUGAAUGGGGCAUGAAUGUCUGUACAAAAGUACGUAUCAAUCUAUCCUGUAGUUGUUGAGAUAUUUCAGGCGAACUAAACUGAAAUCAACAUAAGCUUUCUGAUAAAAGGACUUUCUAAGAAGAGUUUUGAAAACCUGUUACAGAUUCAGCCAGCCUUAUUUAUUCAGACAUGUUAUUACAGAGCCUCAAGGCCAUGACUAUACAGUAUAUAUUUAUAUAUAUAUCUGACCAGUGCAUAUCUAUUGAUGAUGUGCAAUUUUAAACUGCAGACUGAUGCUGUCAUUCACAUGCCAGCUUGAGAACAUACAGAAUCGUGUUCCUGUAUCAUGAUAACAGGGUUUGUGUUCCCUGUGUAUUUGUGUAACUUCAUCUUUUUCAUGUUUAGUGCGCUGAUAUUAGAAACUUCCUCAAAGUUUCCAUGGUUCUUUUAGCUUCCUGCUAUCUGGUAAUAUACACAAGCAGCAACUACGCUCUUAUUAUAUCCUUACACAGAGCAGAUGUGCAUGCACUCUGCUUCUGCUUGCAGCUUCUGCUUUUCCCUCAAGCAAGAUUCCUGACAUCGCUCUCAUGAGUAUACACAUGCACACACAUUAAACUCAGCACUAACAACAUCCAGUCCAGUGAGAUACACAUAUAAUAUUCUUCAUUUAUUGUUCUAUUUAUAGAAAUAUAAUAAUCAUUUUUUCGUUGAACAUGCGGUGAGGUGUGAGUUGCUGGACCAAGGUUCACACGCCAUCACUCUUUAUAGUGUUAUUACUGCUUUGGAAAUAUUUAAUUACAGUACAUGAAAGGUAAUAUUAAAUUCUGAUGAAGUUGUUAUGGUCCACACAUUUUAUUUACAUCCUACAAAAUUCUGUUUCCUCAAUGGGGCCUGCCUGCCUGGAGAUAAAUCUCCAUGUUUCACCAAGCUGCGUUCCCUCAGUUAGGCUCACUAUUCUCCAUCAUGAGCUGUCAAGGUAUGUUUGUCUCAUUACUGAACAAUUGUUUAAGUUCCUGUCAAGCUGACCGCCGUGUUCAUACCAGAGCCUGUUCAUGAUGCAUCGUUUCAGCUCAGGCAGGAACGGUAAUCUGCUAAACUGAAGGCUUGACAGCUCAAUACUGUAUGUCAACUUCUAUUUUUCCUCAAUUGCCUCAUGAACAUUUUGAUGUGUUGCGUUCAGAAGAAUCUCAAGGGAGCUCGAACACACAGGCUGCAUGAGUGUGCAAUUAUGUCAAAAGAGAAACAAAUAAGAGACUUUAAUUACCUCAGCUCUAGGAGGGUUUUCACAUCUAUUUUAUUCCUCGACUGAAUGUUUUUCUUUUUUUUUUU